AGUAUUCUCUUAACAAAUUUUUGCGGAGGAGUGACCGAGUGGUUAAAGGUAACAGACUGUAAAUCUGUCCGCGUGAGCGUACGUAGGUUCGAAUCCUACCUCCUCCAUUGUGCGGGUAUAGCUCAAUGGUAGAGCUCUAGCCUUCCAAGCUAGUGACGUGGGUUCGAUUCCCACUAUCCGCUCUUUUUUUUGUUGUAUUUUUAUAAAAUCAACAUAUUAUUUAUUGAUGUAUUUGUAUUUUAGGUAGAAAAGUUUAAAUUAUGACAGCAGUAGUGGAAGCAUUUGGAAAGCCGCAUGUAAAUAUGGGAACAAUAGGACAUGUGGAUCAUGGGAAGACAACGUUAACAGCGGCAAUAACAAAGCAUUAUGGAAAUUUUGUAGCGUACGAUCAGAUAGAUAAAGCGCCAGAAGAAAGGAAGAGGGGGAUAACGAUAGCAACAGCGCAUGUUGAGUAUCAGACGGAAAAAAGGCAUUAUGCACACGUUGAUUGUCCUGGACAUGCUGACUAUGUAAAGAACAUGAUAGUAGGUGCAGCACAGAUGGAUGCGGCGAUAUUGGUAGUGUCAGGGGUUGAUGGGCCAAUGCCACAAACGAGAGAGCAUAUAUUGCUGGCGAAGCAGGUAGGUGUUGGAUAUAUCGUGGUGUAUAUAAAUAAAGCUGAUGUUGCUGAUGCUGAUAUGAUGGAUUUAGUAGAAAUGGAAGUGAGGGAAUUGCUGAAUAAAUACGGAUUUCCAGGGGAUGAAGUUCCUGUGGUAGUGGGAUCUGCAUUGAAAGCGCUGGAGGAUGACAGCAGCGAAUAUGGAAAGAAAUCAAUAGAUAAAUUGAUGGAAAAGUUAGAUGAAUAUGUGGCGGUUCCACCAAGGCCUGUGGAUUUACCAUUUUUAUUGCCAAUCGAGGAUGUAUUUUCGAUAUCGGGGCGAGGAACAGUGGUAACAGGAAGAAUAGAGAAGGGAGAGAUAAAGACGGGAGAAGAGAUAGAGAUAAUAGGUUUAAAAGCAACACAAAAGACGAUAUGUACAGGUGUUGAGAUGUUUAAGAAGUUGCUGGAUAAGGGAAGUGCAGGGCUCAAUGUAGGAAUAUUGCUGAGAGGAACAAAAAGAGAAGAAGUGGAGAGAGGGCAAGUAUUAGCAAAACCGGGGACGAUAACGCCGCAUAGAAAGUUUAAGGCGGAGGUUUAUAUAUUAAAGAAAGAGGAAGGAGGAAGGCAUACACCAUUUUUUGCGAAUUACCAGCCACAGUUUUAUUUAAGGACAACGGAUGUAACUGGGAGCAUAAAAUUACUAGAUGGGAAGGAGAUGGUAAUGCCAGGAGAUAAUGUGAGUGUAGAAGUAGAAUUGCAAGUACCGAUAGCAAUGGAUAAGGGAUUGCGUUUUGCGAUAAGAGAAGGCGGUAGAACUGUUGGUUCUGGUGUUGUUUCUGAAAUUUUGGAGUGAGUGUAGUAACUAAGAUGAAGCAAGAUAUAUAUAUUAACAUUAAGGCUUUCGAUUGUUCUUUAUUGGAGGAGUGUGUUCGAAAAUUUGUUGAUGAAUUAAAGCGGUCCAGUGCAAAAUUAUCUGGUCCGAUUGCGUUGCCAAGGAAAGAUUCUAAAUUUAUUGUUAAUAGAUCUCCUCACGUUGAUAAAAAAUCUCGUGAACAGUUUGAAAUGAGAACUUCUAGGCGUUUGAUUGUUUUACAUGAUCUUACUCCUACUAUGAUGCAGAUGCUUACAGGUUUAUCUUUUUCUGCUGGCGUAGAAGUGGAUUUAAAAGUCAAGGAAGUUAAGGUUUAGGAGAAGGAAAUGAAGAGAAUAAAUUCGCUGAGGAGAAUUGGUUUACUAAUGAUGAAUAUUGGUCAUACUGCUAUGUAUUCUGACAAUAGUCGCAUGGCUGUAACUUUAUUGCAUCUCAGCGAAACUUAUAUUAUUGAUAUAAAAGGACAAGAUAAAUGUGGCUAUAAUUCAGUCAUUUUAGGCACAGGAGAUUUUAAAAAUAUAGCAAAACCUCAGUUGGAAUAUUUAAAGAAAAAGGGUAUAAAUAAUAAAUGUAAGUUAUACGAAAGUAGAUUAAAUGACCUGUCGGGAAUAGAAUGUGGUAAAAAAGUGGGAAUCAAUCAUUUUGUGGUUGGUCAAUAUCUUGAUAUUACGGGUUAUUCUAUAGGUAAAGGAUUUGCUGGUGUGAUGAAGCGGCAUAAUUUCAGUGGGCUUAGGGCAUCUCAUGGUGUUUCUAUUGCUCACAGAUCACAAGGUUCCACUGGCCAAUGUCAGGAUCCUGGUAGAGUAUUCAAAGGAAAGAAAAUGGCUGGUCAUUUAGGUAACAGCAGGAUAACUGCACAAAAUAUGAAGAUAUUAUCCAUUGAUCAUGAAAAUAGUAUAAUUGCUGUGAAGGGUAAUAAUGUUCCUGGGUUUAAAAAUUCCUAUGUUUUUGUAAGAGAUGCAGUUAAAAAAUCUUUACAUAAAGAUGUUCCUUUUCCGGUAGGUUUACUGUUAGAUGUAAAUGAUGAUGCUAGUAAUUUGGUAAGUUAGUUAUGGAAUGUAAUUUAGUUAAUCUAUCUAAUGAUAAUGUAGGUACUGCUCAGCUCAAUCCUUUGAUAUUUUCUGCUAAGCAAAAAUUGAGUAUUUUGCAUGAUAUAGUGAGAUGGCAAUUAGCGAAGAGAAGAGCUGGUACUCAUAAAACAAAAGGUAUUAGUGAUGUCUCUGGUACAACAGCUAAACCUUAUGGUCAAAAACGUACCGGUAGGGCAAGACAAGGGAGCUUGCGAUCUCCUCAAUUUAGAGGUGGUGGGAUUAUUUUCGGCCCUGUUGUGAGGAGUCAUACUUAUUCUCUUAAUAAGAAGGUACGCAAAUUUGGUUUAAAAAUUGCUUUAUCUCUAAAGUAUUUAAAUAAUCAAGUAAUUAUUCUGGAUAAUUUAAAUAUUGAUGUGAAGAAAACGUCUGAAAUGUGUAAAUGUAUUAAAAAUUUUAAAUUUUCUUCCUUUUUGAUAGUUGGUGAUUAUGGAGAUGAUUUGUUGCGUGCGGCUAAAAACUUGCACUAUGUAGACUUAAUCAAACCUAUUGGGUUAAAUGUUUUUGAUAUAUUGAAUCACGAAUGCGUGAUGUUGACAAAGGAUACUUUAAAGCAUCUUGAAGGUAGAUUGUUAUGAUCAAAUAUAAUAAUAUAAUAAAAUCUCCUAUAAUUACAGAAAAGGCCUCUUUUUUGAGGGAGAAGUUUAAUAAAUAUUCUUUGUAUGUUUUUGUAAAUGUAAAUAAGCGUCAAAUAAAGUUGGCAAUAGAGUCUCUAUUUGAUGUUAAAAUUUCUUCUAUAAAUGUUGUUAGAAUUAAGCCUAAAUAUAGGCGUUUUAGGGGUGUGAUUGGUUGUGAAAAACAGAAAAAGAAAGUUUAUUUUUCUUUGAUGGGUGGUCAAAAAUUAGAUAUAAUGAGCGUUUAGUAUGGGUAUGAAAUUUUUUAAUCCUGUUACUCCGUCUUCUCGUGGGACUGUGUUAGUAAGUAAAGUUGGUUUAUCAAAAGAUGAGCCAGAAAAGUCUCUUACAUCCGGUAAAAAGUCCAGUGGUGGAAGAAAUAAUCAUGGUAGAAUUACAACUCGUCAUAGGGGUGGUGGUCACAAAAAGAAGUAUAGAGUGAUAGAUUUUAAGCGUAAUAGAAGUGGUCAAGGUAUAGUUGAAAAAAUAGAGUAUGACCCAAAUAGAAGUGGGUUUUUGGCGUUAAUAUCAUAUAAGGAGGAUGAUAUUAAGUCUUAUAUAUUAGCUCCUCAAGGUAUGAAGCCAGGUGAUGUUGUUACAGCUGGGAAUGAUGCUGAUAUUUUGCCAGGGAAUUGUUUACUACUCAAGCAUAUACCUGUUGGUUCUUUCGUUCAUAAUGUUGAGCUGAAGCCAGGUAAUGGUGCUGCGAUUGCUAGAGCUGCUGGUUGUUAUGCACAAAUCGUUGGUCGUGAUGGCCAAUAUGUUUUAUUACGACUCAGGUCUGGUCAAAUUAGGUUGAUUUUAUCUUCUUGCAAGGCUACUAUUGGUGUAGUAUCUAACCCUGACCAUAAGAAUAGAAAGUUGGGUAAAGCUGGGAGAAGUAGGUGGCUUGGGAUUAGACCUACUGUACGUGGAGUUGCAAUGAAUCCGGUUGACCAUCCUCAUGGAGGCGGGGAAGGAAAAACCUCUGGUGGUCGUCAUCCUGUUACUCCUUGGGGUGUUGCAACAAAAGGAAAGAAAACUCGGAAGAUAAAUAAAUCUAGUGAUAAGUAUAUAAAACAAUUGAAAGGUUAGUUUAUGAGUAGAUCUGCAUGGAAGCCUCCUUUUUGUCAUCCUUCUAUAUUAAAGUCGGUGAAUAAUGCUUUAAACAAGGGGUUUGUUAACAUGGCUAUAAAAGUUCAUUCCAGGGCUUCUGUAAUUCUUCCUAAUUGUUUAGGUUUAAAAUUUGCUGUUUAUAAUGGUAAGGAUUAUAUUCCUGUGAAUGUUAAUGAUCAGAAUAUGAUAGGUCAUAAGUUUGGUGAGUUUUCACCCACUCGUAAAUUUACUGGGCAUAGUGGUGAUAAAAAGGCGACAAGAAGGUAAUUGAUAUGAAAAACAGAGAUGUAAUAGUUAAAGCUGGUUCUAGGGUUUUAAAAUCAACUCCUCGUAAAUUGAAUUUGGUUGCUGGUUUAGUACGUAAUAAAAAAGUUUCUUUUGCCACUGUGCAAUUAAGAUUUUGUGAAAAGAAAGCUGCAGGUCUUAUAAGGAAGGUAUUAAAUUCUGCGAUUGCUAAUGCUCAAAAUUAUGGAUUGGAUAUCGAUAAUUUAUAUAUAAAAGAAAUUUUAAUAGGUAAGUCUCUUACUUUGCGUAGGGUAUGUCCAAAAGCUAUGGGUAGAGCUAAUAGAGUUAGUAAACGUUAUAGUAAUAUAACUGUAAAAUUGGGGGAAAUUAUAUGAUUCAUAAAAAUAGAAAAUUAAUAAGGAAAGUGCAAAAAUAUGGGAAACGUUAAUCCUAAAGGAUUUAGGUUAAAAAUAAUUAAUACUUGGUCAUCUAUUUGGUAUGCUGAGAAGGGUUAUAAACAAGGGUUGCAUCAAGAUUUAUCUAUUCGCAGUUAUAUAAAUGAAUCUUUUAAGCAUGCUGGUGUUUCUAAAGUAAUUAUAGAGCGUACGAUCGAUUUGGUAUCUGUAAUAAUACAUUCUUCUAGACCUGGAGUGAUAAUAGGUAAGAAAGGCUCGGAUAUUGAGAAGAUAAAGCAAAAGAUAGCUGAAAAAGUAAAAAAUAAUGUGGAAGUGAAUGUAGUAGGGGUUAAAAGGUCUGAAAUAGAUGCAGUUUUAAUAUCAAACAGCAUUGCACAGCAGUUAGAAAAAAGGGUUUCAUUUAGAAGAGCGAUGAAAAAAGCUAUUCAAAGUUGUUUGAGGAUGGGUGCUAGAGGUAUUAAAGUAAGUUGUUCUGGGCGCCUUGGCGGAGCUGAGAUAGCUCGUACUGAGUGGUAUAAAGAAGGCCGUUUGCCUUUGCAUACUUUACGUGCUAAUAUAGAUUAUGCUUUUGCUGAAGCAAAAACUAUAUAUGGCAUCAUAGGAGUUAAGGUCUGGGUUUAUAUUGGUAACUAAUUAGGUAUAUUGAAAUGUUUAUUCCUAAAAAAAGUAAAUAUAAAAAAGUAUUUAAAGGACGAAUUAAGGGUAACACGAAAGGUGGUAGCACAUUAUCUUUUGGAGAUUAUGGUCUAAAGGCUAUGGAAGCAGGUAGGAUUCAAUCUAAGCAUAUUGAAACUGCAAGGCGUGUAAUAUCUAGAACAUUAAAACGCUCUGGUAAAGUGUGGAUAAGAAUUUUUCCUGAUACCCCUGUUAGUAAAAAGCCGGCGGAUGUGCGUAUGGGUAAAGGGAAAGGUAGUGUUGAGUUUUGGGUAUUUAAAGCUAAGCCCGGUAGAAUGUUGUUUGAAAUUAGCAGUGAUGUUCCCAUGCAUUUAGCAAGAUUGGCGCUUGAAAAGGCAACUGCUAAGCUUCCUAUGAAGUGUAAAUUUGUAUCUAAUCAUAAUUAAAUGGAGUUGCAAUGGAUAUAGCUGACAUUGAAUCGAGGUCCUCGCAAGAAUUGCAUGAAAUUCUUGUGAAUUUGAGAAAAGAGUUUGUUAAUUUGGUUUUUCAAAAGAAGCUGGGCCAGUGCAACAAUAUUUCGCGUUUUAGCUUAAUAAGAAAGAGCAUAGCUCGUAUUUUAACUACAUUAAAUAAAAGAAGAAGAGAGGAAAAGAAUGCCUAAAAAGGUUUUUUGUGGUACUGUAACUAAGGCUAAGUGUGAUAAGACUGUAAAGGUUUCGGUAUUACAAGUGUAUAAGGAUGAGCUGUAUAAAAAGGUUAUAAAAAAAUACAAGAAGUAUACAGCACAUGAUGAGAAUAAUAGUUGUAAAGAAGGGGACAAGGUUUUAAUACAAGAACACAAGCCUAUUUCUACUACUAAAAAAUGGGUUAUUGUUAAUAGCUCACAUUGAAUAGGAUAUUUAUAUGAUUCAAAAAAAUACAUUGUUGGAAGUAGCUGAUAAUUCUGGCGCGCGUGCAGUGCUUUGUAUUGGUUUAUUGGGUGGUAGAAAGUCUGCAUCUAUAGGUGACACAGUUAUUGUAUCUACUAAAUCUAUUACUCCAAGAGGGAAAGUUGAGAAGGGAAAAGUAUAUAGAGCAGUUGUGGUGAGGGUGAAAAGCCCUAUUAGAAAAUCUGAUGGUUCUGUAAUUCGUUUUUCUAGCAAUGCUGUAGUUUUGAUUAACGAUCAAGGUGAACCACUUGGCACUCGGGUGUUUGGUCCGGUAAAAAAGUUAUCAUCUGGUUCUUUUAUGAAGAUAAUGUCAUUAGCUGUUGAGGUUUUAUAAUGAGUGCUAAAAUAAAAAGUGGUGACGACGUUAUAGUUUUAACUGGUAAAGAUAAGGGAAAAAUUGGUAAGGUAAUCAAAGUUAUAGCACGUGAUGCUAAAAAGAAAGUAAUUGUUUCUGGAGUGAAUGUGCAUAAGAGACAUACUAAACCAAAAGCUGGUAGUAGUGGUGGUAUAUUAAAUAAAGAGUUAGCUAUUGAUAUAUCCAACGUUGCAACAUUGGACCCUAAAUAUAAAACUCCAACUAGAGUGGGGUUUAAGGUUAUAGACGGUAGAAAAGUGCGUUUUGCAAAAGUUUCUGGAGAAGUGAUAGAUUAGGUUGAUAUGUUUAAAGAAUUGUAUAAAGAUAGCAUAGUAAAGUCCUUGAAGGAUAAGUUUAAUUACGGCAAUAUAAUGCAAGUGCCUAAACUUGUCAAGGUGUGUAUCAAUAUGGGCGUUGGAGAUGCUGCUACAGAUAGUAAAGCAAUAAAUGAACCACUUGAUAGCCUAUAUUUGAUUGCUGGGCAGAAGCCUUUAUCAACUUUUGCAAAAAAAUCUAUUUCUGGCUUCAAGAUCAGAAAAGGUGCUACAGUAGGUUGCAAAGUAACUUUGCGUAGAGAUAAAAUGUAUGAGUUUUUAGAAAGAUUGAUAUAUAUUGCUUUGCCAAGGGAAAAAGAUUUUAGAGGAUUUAGUGUGAAGCAAUUUGACGGUAAUGGUAAUUUUUCCUUUGGUAUAAAGGAACAUAUCUCGUUUUUAGAAAUAGACUAUGAUAAAAUAAGUAAAAUUAGAGGUAUGGAUAUUAAUAUUAUAACAAGUGCAGUUAGUGAUAAGGAAGCAAAGGAAUUAUUACUGGCUCUUAAAUUUCCUUUUUUUGAUUAAUUGAGAGGAGAAAUAUAUGGCAAAAAAAUCUAUGAUAGAAAGAAAUCUUCGCAGAAUAAAGUUGUGCGAUCAAUAUAAAGAAAAAAGAGAAAAAUUGAAAUCUAUAAUAAAUAAUAAGAAUUUGUCUAUUGUAGAAAGGUUUACAGCUCAAAAUAAAUUAAUUAAAAAAUUGCCUAGAAAUUCUUCUAAAACCAAAAUUAGAAAUAGGUGUGCUUUAACUGGGAGACCAAGAGGAGUAUAUAGAAAAUUUGGUUUAUGUAGAAUUGUUUUGCGUGAUUUAUGUUCUUUUGGGCAAAUUCCAGGAGUUACAAAGUCUAGUUGGUAAAUAUAAUAUAAGGAGUAUAUUGUGGCGUUAUCUGAUAGUAUUGGUGAUUUUUUAACAAGGAUACGUAAUGCUCAAUUGGCAAUGCAUAGGGCAACAAGGGUACUAUUUUCUAAGAUGAAUUCUUCUAUAUUGGAGAUUUUAAAAGAGGAAGGGUAUAUCCUUGAUUAUGAAAAGCAAGUUGUAGAUAAUUUACCUUCUUUCAUUGUAAAAUUGAAGUAUUAUGAGAAGUCACCUGUAAUUAGUGACAUAGUUAGGGUGUCAAAGCCUGGUUGUCGUCGUUAUUCUAAGUAUAAGGACAUUUCUAAAGCAUAUAAUGGUCUUGGUAUUUUUAUUAUAUCGACACCCAAAGGAGUGAUGACUGAUUAUAAUGCACAUAAGUUAAAGGUUGGUGGAGAAGUUUUGUGUCGUGUGUUUUAAAUAAUAGGAGAAAUUCAUGUCUCGUAUAGGUGCUGCUCCUAUCAAUAUUCCUGCUGGUGUUUCAGUUGAAUAUAAUAAUGGUAGUAUGUUAAUAAAGAGUGCUAAGGCUGAAAAGGAAGUUAGCUUGAUCAGGGAUGUUGUGUGUCAGAUUAUUGAUAAUCAGCUAUUGCUUUCUGUUGAUCAAGAUAAAGAUAAUUAUGAUAAAAUAAAGCCUAUGUGGGGCACUUAUAGGAGUAAUAUUAAUAAUAUCAUUAACGGCAUGGUUGAUGGUUUUUCUGUUAAUCUUGAGAUUAACGGUGUGGGAUAUAAGGCAGAGUGUGAUGGUAAGUAUUUGACUUUGUAUCUUGGUUAUAGCCAUAAUGUUAAAUAUAAAGUGCCUAAAGAUGUUGAGAUUAAGUGCAUAAAGCCAACUCACUUAGUAGUUAGUGGUAUGGAUAAGCAGAAGGUCUAUAUGGUGGCGUCUGAUAUAUGCAAAAUUAGAAAAUAUGAUCCUUAUAAAGGUAAGGGUGUUGUAAUAAAAGGCAAAUUUAUGCUGCGUAAGGUUGUAAGUAAAAAGAAGUAAUAAAAAUGAAAAGAUCGUAUAAUUUUUUAAGUAAUUCUGAAAAAAGGAAGUUACGUAAUAGAGCGAAGCUUGACAAGAGCGCUGAACGUUUACGUAUAUCCAUAUUUAAAUCUAAUAGGCAUUUUUAUGUCCAGUUAAUUAAUGAUGUAAAAGGAAUAACUCUCACUUCAGCUUCUACUUUGGAUGCUAAAAUUAAGGAUGUAUGUAAAGGGAAAGUCAACGCUGAAACUAUAAAACAGGUUUCUUCUUUAAUGGUUGAGCGUCUGUCUGGCAUGAAAUUAGAGCAGCAGCUUACGUUUGAUCGUGGAGCGUAUAAAUACACAGGAUUAGUUUCUCAAUUUGCUGAGGCUUUAAGAAGUUCUGGAUUUGAAUUUUAGAAGGUUUUGAAUAUGGCUAUAAAGAAUUUACAAAAUAAUAAUGAUUUAUCAGAGCUUUUAGUUUCGGUACGAAGAGUGACAACGGUUACCAAAGGUGGUAGAAGAUUUUCAUUUUCAAUUUUGGUUGUUGUUGGCGAUGAGAAGGGUAGGGUAGGGUGUGGAAUAGGUAAGCACGCAGAAGUUGCUGAAGCAAGAGUCAAAGCUGUAAAUGCUGCAAAGAAAUCAAUGAUUAGAGUGUACUUGCGUGAAGGUAGAACUUUGCAUCAUGAUAUUAAAGCUAAAUUUUGUUCUGGUGAGAUAGUUUUAAGAACCGCAAGAGCCGGAACAGGUAUUAUUGCUGGUGGAGCGAUUAGAUCAGUUUUUGAGGUGUUAGGUAUAAAGGAUGUGGUAGCUAAAUCCACUAGAUCAAAUAAUCCUCAUAACGUUAUAUGUGCGGUGUUUAAGGCUUUUGAUAGUAUGUUAUCUCCUCGUCAGGUAGCAAGCAAAAGAGGCAAAAAGAUUAGCGAGAUAGUUGGAAACAGGUAAAGUAUGAAUAAUGCUGUAAAAUUAAACUCUAUAUUUACUAAAUUAUCUAAGAAAAAGAAGCCUAAGUUGCUGGGUAGAGGUAUCGGUUGUGGUAAAGGUAAAACAUCCGGUAGAGGGCAUAAAGGGCAGAAGGCUAGAAGUGGAGUUUCUAUAAAUGGUUUUGAGGGUGGACAACAGUCUAUAUAUACUCGUUUGCCUAAAAGAGGUUUUAAGCCUAUACGUAGGAGCAUAUACUCUAUAAUUAAUGUUGGCGAUAUACAGCGCUUAAUGGAAGCUAAAAAAAUAGUGAAAGACUCUGUUAUAGAUAAGGAGAGGCUGUAUAAAUUAGGUUUUAUAAAGUCUAUUAAGGAUAAAAUUAAACUUCUUAAUAAAGGUAAGUUGAGCGAAAAAUUUGUGUUUCAUGUUGAUUUUGCGUCAGAAGCUGCAAAAAAAUCUGUAGCUUCAGUUGGUGGUAGUGUGGAAAUACUAUCGUAAGUCAUGGGCAAUAAAUCAGCAUUUAAUAGCUUGGAUCCUACGUUGUUAUAUAAAGGCGAUUUAUUAAAGCGUAUAUUUUUUACGCUAAUAGCUUUAAUUUGCUAUCGCUUGGGUACUUAUG